AUGUGGGAGGUACGCUCGACCGCUCACGCAGACUCGCCGGACCUAAAGCAUGUGCACAAAACGUACCCUGUGGUUCCGCUCGCGGACGAUUCGGACGACCUCGACGUGCGGGCAAUGCAGGCCAUCACGUCGCUCCUCUUGCCCUGGCUGCGCACAUCGUCCCCCAGCCAUGUGGCGCUCGUCACCGGCGCUCACAUGGCCGACAAGGUAUGCAUGCGCCGCUUAUGCCAGCUUCUCCAGAGCCUCUUGGCCGCCCAUGGGACCGACCCAGCGACACUGCGCACGGCGCACGACCGACCCAUGGCGAUUCGCACGAGCCCCCUGCUCCCCGCCGCCUUCCACCAGGUGUACAUGGACUUGACCGAGAGCUCAGGGCACGAGCGCCUCCAAGUGCUCAUCUGCACGCUGUGUGAAUCAGGGCACCUCCAGCCGACGCCCUUGCAGCUCCCUCUUGGCGUCGUUUCGCCCACUCUGCCAGAGUCCGCAGAGCCGAUGCUGCCGUCCGUCUCGCGCCUCUCCCUGCAUACCCAAGACGCGCCCGAACCGCCCUCUCUCCCGGCCUCAGGCAUCGCUGCGAAAGCGGACGGGCCGCGCAGCCUCAUGUCGGGCUCCAGUCCUCUCCGGAUCCGGCCUAUGGAAAGCGUAUUCGGCCUCUCUCUCCAUGGGCACCGAGACACGCAGUCGCGCCCACUCAGCGCGUCGCAGUCUUCCAAGCAUCUACAAGCGUAUGACAUGUCGACCAUGCUGCGCUCCAUUGAAAAGUGGGAUCCCGUGGUGGAGUGGCCCGACAUGAGCGACGGCUCGGACAUGGCGUCGUCGCCACUCCUGGCUCGCGUCACGGAGCCCAGCGGGACUGCGCUAAGCUCCAGAGCGUCGUCGCGCAGCUUACAGACACCCUCUGUCAAUCUGCGGACGGACAUGCCGUCAGUCGUCCCUCUGUCUAUGCGCGGCAGUGUCGCCUCUACACCGUCCUCGUCGUCGUUUCCUCGGACAGACACAUCGACGUUAAGCAAUGUGAGCGCCUUUGCUCAAAGCAUUUUGGGACACUUUCCGUCCAGUACGAGUCUUGGUAACAGUGGCAACACACUUCCCAGUGCCAGUGCUCCGCCGCCCCAGGCGCUAUGGCAGAGCAUCUGCGUGCGAUUGCUCCCCCUCUUCUACGAACAGGCAGGCGACCUGCGUAUCGAGUCGGUGAGCGACAGUAUGGAGACGUACAUUCGCUUCCAGUUUGAGCGCGAUCCCGACCAGGCGCCAGCCUUGCUGGAAGACCACCUCCAGAAGCUCAUAUCGACGGGGUUGAUGGGUGUCAACAUGCAGCUGCAGCAGUGCGAAGGCACACACCGUGCUCGCGAGCUGGUGCGGAUGUGGCUGCACUAUUACGAUACGGUACUCCCGUAUGUGCAUGCGAGUAUGCUGCCCCUGGAAACCAAGCUACACAGUUGGCAGGUCCUCGCCACGAUUUCGUCGAAGCAGAGGAGCCGCUCAGCGUCGCGCGUAUUGGAGAAGGGGGACUCGUCUUUCUCCGAGCACGCAUGCCCUCUGCCGCCCGCUAUGGACGUGCGGCGCGUGCUGCUGCUAGCGUUUCGAGACCAGGUUGUGCUGCCGGUCUGCGACUGGCUAUAUUCGCUCGCGAGUCGUGUGGACUUUGAGCCCUUGGAUGCUACGACCUCUCUCCGCCCGCACCUAACCCAGAUGAUCCACAUCUUGGCGUGCCUGUAUACAGAGGAUAGGGCGCAGGAGCGCAUCGAGCGCCUCACGCGUGCCUUGGCGGACCCUGUCACAAGAGCUAGCUCCCGGAUGUCCAUACACGGAGGCACCUCCUCCUUCCUGGGGCCAUCGAUGCAGCCGUCCCCCACCUCGCCGCUUCCACACUAUGCCAAGAGUCACUUGCUCGACUCACCCACGCUGGGUAUGCCCAUGUAA